GCCUCUUCUUUCUUGGCCAUGGCCUGAUCCCCCCCUUGACCAUGCUUUGGGUUGGGCGGGGCGGGAGGCUGGGCCGGCUCGGGGGUCGCCUGCCCCGGGGUCGCCCGGGAGGAGGGGGCUGCGGCCCUUGGGGUCCCCUCGCCGGGCUCCGCCUGGCCGCCACCCCGGGGGGCCGGCCCGACCUGCAGGGGUCAGGCCUGGAUGGGCCAGUCCUGGGUGGGCAUCCCCUGGGUGGGCCAGUCCUGGAGGGGUCUGCCUUGGGUGGGCAUCCCCUGCAGGGGUCUGCCUUGGGUGGGCAUCCCCUGGAGGGGUCAGCCCUGGGUGGGCAUCCCCUGGAGGGGUCUGCCCUGGGUGGGCAUCCCCUGGAGGGGCCUGCCCUGGGUGGGCAUCCCCUGGAGGGGUCAGCCCUGGGUGGGCAUCCCCUGGAGGGGUCAGCCCUGGGUGGGCAUCCCCUGGAGGGGUCAGCCCUGGGUGGGCAUCCCCUGGAGGGGCCUGCCCUGGGUGGGCAUCCCCUGGAGGGGCCUGCCCUGGGUGGGCAUCCCCUGGAGGGGCCAGUCCUGGGUGGGCAUCCCCUAGGUGGGCCUGGCCUGGGUGGGCAUCCCCCGGCUGGGCCCCCCGGGGGCUGGUACGAGGCCCUGGCAGCGUCGGCCCCGGUGCACUGGGCCGAGCAGGGGCUGGUGGCCGCGCAGCAGGCCUCGGGGCUGCCCUGGUGGGCGACCAUCGUCUGCGCCACCGUGGCCCUGCGCGGGGCCGUCACCCUGCCCCUCGCUGCCCACCAGCACUACAUCCUCGCCAAGGUGGAAAAUUUGCAACCUGAAAUUAAGAACAUCGCCAAGUAUCUCAACCAUGAAAUUUCACUUCGGGCAAAGCGGUUGGGGUGGUCAAAAAGGAUUGCGAGGCUCACCCACAUGAACAACAUGCGCCGGCUGGUCUCGGAGCUCUACGUUCGGCAUAACUGCCACCCGUUCAAAGCCACCCUGCUCGUCUGGAUCCAGCUCCCGAUGUGGGUCGUGGUGUCCGUCGCCCUCCGCAACUUGAGCGUGGGAGCGGUCGAUUCGGAAGGUUUACCCAUCCGGGAACAGUUGUCCACAGGCGGGGCGUUGUGGUUUCCCGACCUCACCGUCCUCGACUCCACGUUGAUUCUUCCAGUCUCCCUCGGGAUCCUCAACCUAUUAAUAGUGGAGGUUUUCGCUCUCCAGAAACUGGAAAUGUCGCGAUUUCAGAAGUACCUCACCCACUUCAUCCGCGGGGUGUCGGUGCUGAUGAUUCCUAUCGCUGCUACCGUGCCCUCGUCCAUCGCCCUGUACUGGCUCUGCUCCAGCUGCCUGGGCCUGUCUCAGAACCUGCUGCUGCGUUCGCCGCGCUUCCGCCGACUCUGCCGCAUCCCACCCGCCAGAUCCGACUCGGACACUCCGUACACGGACCUCCGGGCCGCCUUUUACGCCAAGUACCUGCCGGGGAAACGAUCCGGCAGACGGGAGCCGGGAAGCGGCGGCCCUGCUCCGGGCCGCUCGGAAUGAGGAAAGCGUGAAGGAUGGGUUCGGUCCGGGGAACGGCCGGUCGUCGAAUAAAAGACCGUCAAGACGCCGGGCCCCGCCGGCUCCUCUGCGUGUCUGCCAGGUGACCUCGGGCAUGUCGCUUCACUUCUGUGGGCCUCAGUUACUCUGUGUGUAAAUUGGGGAUUCAAAGCGUGAGCCCCACGUGGGACAGGGACGUAUCUAUCCCAGAGCUUAGAACAGCGCUCGUCACAUAGCGCACAACAAGUACCCUGAUUAUUAUUGAUUAUUAUUAUUAUUAAAUACGUAUUUUGGAGGCAGCGGUGGAAAUCUGUAAA